GUGCUUGACAGCUACAGACUUCAAGGCCAUCAUAUGCCACUUAAAGAAUCUGACAAACUAAAUCUUCUCCGGAGUAACUAGUAGUUUCUGACGAGUCUCUGCGCUGCCCUAGAGAGAGACAGACAUGGAUGCUUUUGAGGGAAUUCACAGCGUCCAGAUUUCCUCCUCUCCACCAUCUUCAGCUUCAUCCAGCCGGGGAUAUGAAGUCCUCAAGGCGGGGAGAUCUGGAAUAGCAGUGUACUCCUCUACAGUCUUCUUUGGGACACCUGAUGCGGUGGGACAGCCAGCUUCCAGACACAAGUCCAGCAGACAAACCGAGGAGGAAGGCUGUGUUGUUGGGCGGUUGGUAGAUCUGGAUCCAGAGCCAGAGUCCAGAGGCGGGGGAGGAGGCCAGGCUGGGCCCACCUCAGGCCGAGACCAUGGUGACCUCUCCCGGCUCCGCAGCUCCUCACUGGAAAUCAGAGAGAAAGAAAUCAGAGAAAAGGGCUCGGAGAUCCUUAGGGAACAACUGGACGCUGCAAAGAGGGAACUGAAACUGAAAGACAAGGAGUGUGAGCGUCUGUCGCAGGUCAGGAAUCAGCUGGAGCAGGAGCUGGAGGAGCUGACGGCUAGUCUGUUUGAGGAAGCUCACAAGAUGGUGCGUGAAGCGAACGUCAAACAAGCAGCAGCAGAGAAACAACUGAAGGAGGCUCAGGGAAAGAUUGACGUUCUGCAAGCAGAGGUGACGGCACUCAAGACUCUGGUGUUGACAUCCACACCCUCUUCACCAAACCGCCAGCUGCACCCACAGCUGCAGGCUUCGGGAACCAGGGGAGCGUACAAACAUGUCGGAGGACACAUCCGCAACAAGAGCGCGAGUGGUGCCUUUCCAUCUUCACCGGGAAAACCAGAACCUUCAUCAGUUUCAAUUCAGCCUGUGGCCAAAGAGGACAGAGAGGAGCGGGGAGAGGGGCAAGGCAUUGACAGCAGACAGAUGGACUCAGUUCUGUAUGCAGAGUUUCUGAUGUGGAAGGAACAUCCGAGUCUAGACCGCUCCUCCGCCUUCCUCAGUCGAAUCUACAGAGAAGACAUUGGACCCUGUCUCUCUUUUACAAGAUCUGAGCUGUCCCAGCUGGUGCAGAGCGCAGUGGAAAACAACUCUCUGACUAUCGAGCCUGUGGCCAUGUCAGCGUUACCGAUGGUUAAAGCCUCAGCUAUAGAAUGUGGAGGCCCUAAUGGCUUUAGGGCAGCAAUAGAGACGAAAUGCGCAUUAAGCGGGAUGACACGACUCUGUCGACAUCGCAUUAAACUUGGCGACAAGGGGAGCUACUAUUACAUCUCUCCUUCCAGCCGAGCACGGAUCACAGCAGUUUGCAAUUUUUUUACAUAUAUCCGCUACAUCCAGCAGGGCCUGGUGAGACACGAUGCGGAGCAGAUGUUCUGGGAGGUGAUGCGUCUUCGCAGAGAAAUGACUGUGGCCAAGUUAGGUUUCUACCUCACUGACCAGGGCUAGUGGACCUGACAGUCCACUGAGACACCCGACAGGACAAGCAUGAUCCUAGGACAUUGAUUAUUCAGAUGAGUUUGGGUUAAACUGUGGUAACAAACAGGUCGUGGAUCUGUUUUUGUAGCAGAGGUUGUACAGCAUUAGUUACAGCAAUAGUGCUGCAGCAGAGGUCAACCAACAAGGGAAGCAUGUUCUGGUAAUUAAAAAAAAAAAAUUGAACCACAGCUAAAAAGACAUAAAAAUAACACAAUUCUAAAGAUAGUGUUACUCCCAGAUAUGUCAAAUAUAUUCCGUUAUACUGCAGGCCUCCAGUAAUUCUCCCAAGUGAAGAGAAUCGUUUUUUUAUCUUGUGAGCUCUGAACCUCCCCGGUGGAGUACAUACAACUUCUCAUGUUAGCACAAUAGAUUCUAGAUGCAUUAUUCUGUUGGAAAGAUGAGCACAGGAUGAAAACAGCAGAGAGUUAAGUUGAUCUCUUACCUCAUGUAUUACAUACGUAGAUAAUUAUAUAUGUAAGAUGUUUGAGAUUGACAGUUUCCAUAGAACAAUGAUUUGAGUUGUUUUCUUUAUUUUUACAUUAACGUAAUGCUCACCAGCACCUCGUAGUUGCUUUCAGUUAUUAGGUCAAACACCACAGCCAAGACUUUUUGUCUCAGCAUGGCCUUAAUUUUAUUGAUGCACUACCUGUUCUAGAGGCCUUGUAUGAAACACAAAGGAAACGGCUGCAGCCUGUUGCAAGAAAAAUAAUUUCACAUUAUCCUGUAAUUAAUAAUCAGAUAAACUGUUAAUGAAUUAAUUAUUAUACCUCCACAUUCAAAAUAGUGACAGCUUUACAACGUAAACAGAAAAUAAACAAGCUUUAAUACAUGUGAUCGCAAUAUGCACAACUGUUGCAACUGUAGUUUUACACGUCUGCAAUGAACAGGAUGUAAAUACAGAAUAAGCCAUAAAUGACUUUGCAUGAAUGCAGUACAUAGCCAUAUUAUGCAAUGUAUAUUGGUUGUACCUCAUACUAAAGAUUUAUUACUAUUAAUGACCAGUUUUUUUUAUAAAGAACAGUCUUUGAAAGAUAAAAAUGAAGAAUAUUGUGUCAGAAAGUGCAAUAACUGCUUCUUAGCCUUAUCUAGGGCUUUGAGGUUUUCCUAACCUCAGUGUGCUGAUAAUUAACUGUGUCUUCCAGUAUACACACUCCAUUAAAAACGAGGCAUUGUAGCCUAUAACCUUUGUCCCAUGUGUGCUUUAUAGGACUUUGAUUUCUGGUCUUUGUAAAGUUCAGUCUCUCAAAGUUUGAGAGUGAUGACUCAUCACGGUGUUUCAUUUCAAAGCAGUACAGUUGGAUGACACAGAGACCUGUUUCUCUCAGGGCACGUCAUUGGUUUUAGAUUAAGGUCACUGCCAGGAACCGCCUGGUUACCCCGAUACAAAAUGCUCUGAUACACACCCACAGUUGCCUAACAGGUUUGUAAGCAGGAAACAGGCACAUGGAUCCUGAGGAAAUGCUGAGACCAUAUCCCACUCAGAGGGGCUUUAUGGUAUAAAAAUCUUUUUUUGGAGCAGUCAUUCCACUAAGAUUUUAGUUUCCGGAU